AUGGAGGACUUCAAUAGUGAGACUGAUAGUGACUAUACCAGUUACUGGAGAGACUGGUUCAUAUCCUCGCGAGGCAACGAGUACUUUUGCGAAAUCGACGAGGAAUACUUGACCGACCGAUUCAAUUUGACUGGACUCAACACCGAGGUUCAGUAUUAUCAAUACGCGCUCGACCUGAUUACAGACGUGUUUGAUCUAGAUGCCGACGAUGACCUCCGCGAACAGAUUGAGAAAUCGGCCCGUCAUCUCUACGGCUUGGUUCAUGCUCGUUAUAUUGUGACUACUCGUGGAUUGGCUAAGAUGCUUGACAAAUACAAGAAGGGCGAUUUUGGAAAGUGCCCCCGUGUCUUGUGCGAUCAACACCCUUUGCUCCCUAUGGGCCAAUCCGACCUGCCUAACCAAAAGACUGUGAAAUUGUACUGCGCCAAAUGCGAAGAUAUCUACAAUCCAAAGUCCUCUCGACAUGCAUCAAUCGACGGUGCUUAUUUUGGCACCUCCUUCCACAACAUCCUCUUCCAGGUGUAUCCAGCACUAGUACCAGAAAAGAGCAUACAGCGCUAUGAACCUCGUAUCUACGGCUUUAAGGUGCAUGCAACCGCUGCCUUGGCUCGUUGGCAGGAUGCGCGCCGUGAAGAGAUGAAAGAGCGUUUGAACAAGUUGGGUAUAGAUCCUGGAUUCAUCGAGGACAGCGAGGAUGAGAACGACGAUUUUGAAGAUGACAUUGAUGACGACAAAUCAGAGCAGAUUGGAGACGAGCCAGCACCAGCCGCGGACAAUGCAUCUGCACGUAUGGACACAGGCGUUUAA